AGCGGGGGCCGGAGCCUCUGGGGCCGGAGCCGCGCGGAACCCGCCCCGAGUCGGGGCGCGGGCGGCUCGCAGCGCAUCAGCGACCCGCCCCCUCGGCCCUCCCCCGGGCGGGGCCCGCCCCGACGGCGCUGACUCAGCAACGCGUGGGGGGAGUUUUGUCCCUCCGCGGACCCCGUUUCUCUCGGCCUCAGCCCUCCGCCGCCACCGACCCGGUUUCCUCUUUCCGGCGCUCUGGGUGCGGGAGGCAGGUCGGGCCGCCGAGGCAGCGAGCCGCUGUGCCGUCCCGGCGCCUGCCUGAGGACCCCGAAACUACCGUUUCCCUGCCGGGCAGCGUGGGCGCCAUGAACGACGCGGCAGGACUGAAUUCGGAGAAGGUAGCUGCCCUGCUUCAGAAACUGAAUUCCGAUCCUCAGUUCGUACUGGCUCAGAAUGUCGGCACCACGCACGACCUACUGGACAUCUGUCUGAAGAGGGCCACGGUCCAGGGUACUCAGCAUGUGUUCCAGCACGCCGUGCAUCAGGAAGGCAAGCCCGUCACCAACCAGAAGAGCUCAGGGCGAUGCUGGAUCUUUUCUUGUCUGAAUGUUAUGAGACUUCCAUUCAUGAGAAAAAUAAAUAUUGAAGAAUUUGAAUUUAGUCAGUCUUACGUCUUUUUCUGGGACAAGGUUGAACGCUGUUAUUUCUUCUUAAAUGCCUUUGUGGACACAGCCCAGAAAAAGGAACCUGAGGAUGGUAGGCUGGUGCAGUAUUUGCUUUCGAAUCCCGCAAAUGAUGGAGGACAAUGGGAUAUGCUUGUCAAUAUUGUUGAAAAAUAUGGUGUUAUCCCUAAGAAGUGCUUCCCUGAAUCUUAUACAACAGAGGCAACCAGAAGGAUGAAUGAUAUUCUGAAUCACAAGAUGAGAGAAUUCUGUAUACGACUACGGAACCUGGUACACAGUGGCGCAACCAAAGGAGAAAUCUCAGCCACACAGGAUGCCAUGAUGGAGGAGAUUUUCAGAGUGGUGUGCAUCUGCUUGGGUAAUCCACCAGAGACGUUCACCUGGGAGUAUCGAGACAAAGAUAAAAACUAUCAGAAGAUUGGCCCCAUAACACCCUUGAAGUUUUACAGGGAAUAUGUCAAGCCACUCUUCAAUAUGGAAGAUAAGAUUUGUUUAGUGAAUGACCCUCGGCCCCAGAACAAGUACAACAAACUUUACACAGUGGACUACUUAAGCAAUAUGGUUGGAGGGAGAAAAACUCUAUAUAACAACCAGCCCAUUGACUUAUUGAAAAAGAUGGUUGCUGCCUCCAUCAAAGACGGAGAGGCUGUGUGGUUUGGCUGUGAUGUUGGAAAACACUUCAAUGGCAAGCUGGGCCUCAGUGACAUGAAUGUCUAUGACCAUGAGCUAGUGUUUGGUGUCUCCAUGAAGAACAUGAGUAAAGCUGAGAGGUUGACUUUUGGUGAAUCCCUUAUGACCCACGCCAUGACCUUCACUGCUGUCUCAGAAAAGGAUGAUCAGGAUGGUGCUUUCAUGAAAUGGAGAGUGGAAAAUUCAUGGGGUGAAGACCAUGGCCACAAAGGUUACCUGUGCAUGACAGAUGAAUGGUUCUCUGAAUAUGUCUACGAAGUGGUGGUGGACAGGAAGCAUGUCCCUGAAGAGGUGCUAGCUGUACUAGAGCAGGAACCCAUUGUCCUGCCAGCCUGGGACCCCAUGGGUGCUUUGGCCGAGUGAUAUUGCCUCCAGCUUUUCCUCCUCCCGUGGGACCUGAAGUAGCUGCAAAGGACAGAUCCAAGGACUGAAGCCAAAGUUACACAGGUGACUGUGUGUUCCCACGGGACACAGUCAGACUCUUGGAUUUCUCCUCCAGGAACCUCUUUGGGAAAGUGUGCUUUAUGUUGAAACAAAAUAUUCUUAAAGAAAAAAAGGGAAAGAUCAGGUCAUACUAUCUACUCUCCUCGUCUCCAACAGCUCAGGAUCUCUUAGCAUUUUAAUCAGGUGUAAUUGUUUGUCUUAUUUCUAUCACACCGGUUUAGUUCAGUGUCUAUUUUAAUAAAGCAGGAGAGGGUGAGCAGUUGAGGUGUGUGGAGAGAAGACGGACCUCGUGCUCCUUGUUCCUAGAGUAGAGUGGGGGGAGGGUGCCCUAAUAUUUGAGCUCUCAAAACUGCAUGCUGCCUGACAGUAUCACUGUCCCUCCCAGGUGGCAGUCACUGAAUUCAGGUUUUUCAAGGUAAUUUUAUGUGCCUCUAAUAGCCCAGGAAUGGGAGGUUGAUCAAAACUGACAUGAUUCCUUCCUUUGUUCUGAACUGUGGGGGAACACAGCUCUACUUGAGUCACAGUUAAGUAGAGGGUUAGAGAAAGUGGGUGGGAGAACAAACAAAACCUUAUCAUGGUCUGAACUGUAAUCGUUAGAGGGAGCUCCUGCCAAAUGGUUUAACUUCUGCCUCUGGAAUUGGGAGUUGGGUGGGCACAAAAAGGGGAUAUCCUUCCUUUCUGACAACUAGAUGGUGCUGAGAAGCUUUUGAAUAAAACACUUUGCUAAAUGAGAA